AUGGGCGCGAUGCUUGCGCGGUGGCUCGGUGCCAACCAAGUCACACGAGAAGAUCGUAAUGAGAUGCAGGUAGCAGAUUAUAAACAGAGGAGAACACAAGAUAACGGUGAGGAAAGUUAUGAAGGAGAUCUUAUCAACCAAUUACCAGAUGGAAUCCCUGUAAUAAUUUUAUCUAAAUUGCCAAUAAAUGAUGCUGCUAGGACCAGCAUCCUCUCAAGAAAAUGGAGAUAUCUAUGGACCUUUUUUUCUGGAUCCUUGGAAUUUGAUGGUUCACCUAUCAUGAAAGAAAUGAAAAAAGACAUUAAGAAGGUUGCAGGAAAAAGACAUUUGCAGAUGGCAAUGGAGAUCAUGUAUGAUGCUGAAAGGAAAACAUAUACAAGUUGGAUCAAUGAACUGUUGAGUUCACUUAAUUGUUCAACUCUACAAGGAUUGAAAUUUUGGUUUCAUGUGGAUCCUGGCUGUGAGACUGAUAAGUGGGUUCACUUUGCCAUUCAAAAGAAGGUUCAAAAGCUUGAGCUGUAUUUUGGGAAUACAUUUGAAUAUGUUCUUCCAUUACACUUGUUCAAACUAGAAAGUUUUAAUUCCUUGCAUGUUUUACGUCUGAAAUGCAUUAUUGUGACCGAGGAGAUGCUAGAAUAUUUACUGCGUUGCUGUCCAUUACUUGAAACGAUGAGCUUGGUUGACUCAGUAGUUCCAACAACAACGAAGAUUUCAGGUCCAUCACUCAAGCUGAAAUGUCUAGAAUUGGUGAGAUGUUGGGAGCUGCUAAAACUUGAAAUUUUUGCUGAGAAUUUAACGUCGUUCAAAUACUACGGAUCCCAUUUGGAUACAGAAUUUAAGAGUGUUCCUAAUCUUGUGGAAGCAACAUUUGGAGGAUCCUUUGUGGAGUUCAGUAGAGAAAGCUUUUUACCCCAUUUGGAAGUACUUACAUUGGAUAUUACACAAAACGUACCUGAAGUGAUUUUCUCGCUAACUGAACUUCCCAAGUUAAAAAAUAUAAAGCAUGUGGAGUUGAUUGCCCGUGGUGAUAAUGACAUCACACUUGGUGCUUGUGCUUUGUUGUUAAGGGAAUCACCUUCACUGUGGAAGUUCACACUCAAGAUGCUACAUACCAAACCCUAUUUAAGAACACAGCCCAAAAUUAUAAUGAAAUAUCAACACAGUCUCAAGGAGUUGGAAUUGGUUGGGUUUUGUGGAGCAUCAUGUGAGGUUGAAUUAGCUACAUACAUACUUAAUAAUGCAGUUGAACUCCGGAAGAUUAUCAUUGACACAAGAUUACCAACUAGACCAAAGUUGAACCCACUGGGGGAGCACUUAAAAGCUUGGGAUCGCGAGGAAAACAGAAACCGUGCUAGGGAACUGCAAGAAAGAGUACCUCCUUGGAUUGAAUUUGUUUGCAUUUGA